AUGUCGACCGAAGAAUUGAUACGCAUCACUGUUUUUGCGAACCGCAAUGCUAAGCUUUCCGAAGAUGAGUUCAAUGACCAUUGGGCGAACAAACAUGGUCCUCUCAUCACGUCAUGGCUCCAACGUCACGGCAUAGUCAAAUACGUCCAAUAUCAUACUACAUCCAAACACAAAGCGCCCCUAAGCAUGCCCACUCUCUCGUACGAUGGCAUGGCAGACUUUUGGGUGCGGGAAUAUGAAGAUUUUGAGAAGGCGUACAAAGAUCCUUUCUACCUGGAGGUUGUGAAGAAGGACGAGGAAUUCCUAUUCGAUACUGAGAGUUUGCGUGUGACUGCUGGCGUGGAUCUCUGUGUCAUCGAAGAUGACAAGGUGGUGCAAGAGCACGCCCUGCCUAAAUACAUUAAAGGUAAACCGUGGACGUUAGUGAGCGAGGCAAUCGUAGACGCCGACGAAACCCCUGCCAUCAAGCCGAAAUUUCACCGGUUCCUCGACCUGCCUACUGAACUCCACCUCGAGAUCUGGAAACUUGCCCUCGAUAUCGAUACGAACGUGACAGAGGUGCGCGAGGCCGUCAAGAGAUAUGAUAACCCCGCUCGAUCGAAAUUUCUUCCCAAGUUCUACUAUACAUCGCACCGAACGUUCGACGAGACGGUCGCCGCCACCAUCGAGAAUUCACAGAUGAUGGUUUGUUCAUAUGUUGACAACCAGUUUCUACGCUCAUCUCUGAGUGCAGAUCAAAGCCGCUUUAAUCUCGUCCGUCACUUGGACUUCAGGUUCCUCAGCUGCUUCAAGGAAGAGUGUGGUGUUAACGCUGAUCUAGAACUUGCUUUCGAAUGCAAAGGUCUGCGUACCAUCAAGCUUAACUUCCACUGCGGCGAACUUACCAGAUUGGUUCUUAAGGAUGGCCACAACUACCUCGACGACGGUCUAUCCCUCUACCCUGCCGAGGGUGAGGAGCUGUUCAACAAAUACAAGCUAUCUCGGAUAUUGGACUGCGACGCGUUCAACGCAGUCAUCAUCGAGCACUCUGGGUAUUAUAGCCGAAUGGCGAUGGAGGUGGCCGAGAACUUGGGGAGACUCAUAGAGUGGAAGUUCACAGGCAAAGUGCCGAAACAGCUCAUAAAGCUUAUCCACACCCGUCAGCCGACCAAGCUUCGUGAAAACAACCUUUUUGGCUGGAAGGAUUUACAAAGUACACAGAUAGGACAUCGAGCGGCACCAGAGAGCAGGAACAGACCGAAGCGGAUAAACGAGCAGAGCUCGAGGACAAAGCGCUUGGAUCGGCUGUACGUAAUUAGCUAG